UCAAAAGAAAAAGCAAUCUCAGAGCUCCCAAUCCAAAAUAUUAAAAAAAACUGCUUCAAAAUCCCACCUUCCAUGGAAUACCGCGCGCGCACCUCCUCACUAGUCAUACACACCAUAGCGAGCCAGAAAGCAAAUCAGAGAAAUCCACAUAGCAAAGAGCCGUCUCCGAUCUCUGUCUGUUUAUUCCUUUCUCUCUCUCCUUCCCCGACCGCCUAUGUCCAAAUCCCCCCACCGUUAUCCUUUUGGCUUCCUUCUUUGGCCCCUCGAUGCUCUUUUCCUCUUCCUCGACAUCCUCACUACCUCAUCCCUACUUCUACUCUUCUUCUUCAUCCUUAACCAUUCCUAUUUCAUCUUCGCCCUCACUUUCUCCUCCAUUCUUCCCUCGCGUAGCAUGCGUAGAACCAUUUCUCCUUGUUUUUUCUGAUGGCAUCCACCUCCUGCCUCCUCCUCCCUCAUGCCCAUGAUCCCUCCAACGCCUCCUCUUCCUCUAUUAAUUCACAAGAAGAAAACCCUCUUAUCUUCCUCCAAGAUCCCUCAUUUACCCCUUUCGAACCGGUAAAAAUGACCAGAAAACGCCCUGCCUCUGAGCUCGACCUCCAACCCGAUCCCCCUCGCCGCCCUCCUCCACCCUUCCCUUCCUCCGACCAACUUCUCUCCGAUAUUCCCCAAUCACUACCCACGCCUUCUAUCCCCCCUCUUCCUUCUCCCACCCCACCACACUCUGCCCUCUGCAGCUUCUCCGGGCUCCCUCUCUUCACAUCUGAUACCAACCGCAUCGUCACUACCCCUCAAAACUCCACUUAUGAUACCGAGGACACCUCUGCUGCCUGGAUCGACGGCAUCAUCCGCGACCUUAUUACCAGUGCCGCCGCUAACGUUUCGAUCCCACAAAUAAUCCACAACGUGCGCGAGGUCAUCUUUCCUUGCAACCCCAGCCUCGCCGCCGUUUUGGAGUUCCGCUUACGUUCUCUCUCCUCCGACGCCCAAACGCCAGCAGAGCCAGCAAAUAAGCAAAGCGAUCCCUCCCAAUGCAAUUUGGUUCCAAGAUGGGAAGAGCAACAGAAUCCUCAUAACGCUACAAUCUACCCACCAAAUCCUGCCGCCUCUGCUUCAACAGAAGAAGCAGCGGCAGCUCCUUCGCAGCCGCCGCCGCCGCCGCCCCCUCCCCCAACGUCGGUAACCUCAGCAUCAAGGAAAGAGGAGCUCCGGCAGCAGAAGCGUGAUGAAGAUGGACUCCAUUUGCUAACUCUUCUUCUCCAAUGCGCCGAGGCUGUCGCGGCUGACAACCUCGAGGAAGCUAACCGUCUUCUGCUUGAAAUAUCGGAGCUUUCAACUCCUUUUGGCACAUCAGCGCAGCGCGUAGCUGCUUACUUCUCCGAAGCAAUGUCUGCUCGUCUUAUAAGCUCUUGUCUUGGCAUUUAUGCGCCAUUGCCGCCCAUUGCUGUUCACCGCCAGCGUUUGGCUUCGGCCUUUCAGGUUUUUAAUGGGAUAAGCCCGUUCGUUAAGUUUUCUCAUUUUACUGCGAACCAAGCGAUACAGGAAGCAUUUGAGCGGGAGGAAUGUGUACAUAUUAUUGAUCUCGAUAUUAUGCAAGGGCUUCAGUGGCCUGGGUUGUUUCAUAUACUUGCUUCUCGACCCGGAGGACCACCGCGUGUUCGUCUUACUGGUCUCGGUUCUUCAGUUGAAGCUCUUCAGGCAACAGGGAAGCGGCUUUCCGAUUUUGCUGAUACUCUUGGUCUUCCUUUUGAGUUCUGCGCUGUCGCCGAUAAGGUCGGUAACCUCGAUCCUGAACGGCUUGCUGUAUCACGCCGGGAGGCUGUUGCUGUUCAUUGGCUUCACCAUUCGCUUUACGAUGUCACCGGAUCCGACACCAACACCCUCUGGCUACUUCAGAGGUUGUCGCCGAAGGUGGUAACGAUGGUAGAACAGGACUUGAGCCAAGCGGGUUCAUUUCUUGCGCGAUUCGUCGAAGCUAUCCACUACUACUCUGCUCUUUUCGAUUCACUCAGUGCGAGUUACGGCGAGGAGAGUCAGGAGAGGCACAUCGUUGAACAGCAGUUGCUUUCAAGGGAGAUCCGCAAUGUUCUCGCCGUUGGCGGUCCAGCACGUUCCGGUGAGGCCAAGUUCGGGAAUUGGAGGGAAAAACUAAGCCAAUCAGGCUUCCGUGGUGUCUCUCUCGCUGGAAACGCGCAUGCUCAAGCAACGCUCCUUCUCGGUAUGUUUCCUUCGGAUGGGUACACUUUAAUGGAGGAGAAUGGCACGCUUAAGCUUGGGUGGAAAGAUCUUUGUCUCUUGACAGCAUCAGCGUGGAAGCCAAUUCAAAGUCCGGUGACAAACUGCGGCGUAUAUGGCGGCGUUGCAAGGUAGGAGGAAAAAAGGAGAGGUUUUGUUUCAUUGAAAUGACUUUCAUCGGUGUACAUGUUGUAAGACUGAAAAUGUAUUGGGCCUGAAAUGCAGGGGUUUUCUAAUUUGAUCUUUAGUUUGAUUGCAGCUUUAUUGCUGCGGGUUUCUUUUGUUUAUUUUUUUCUGGUAACCAGCUUUAGUUUAUUGCUUU